ACCUCACUGCCUGUCCUGCAGAGAGAGAGAGAGAAAGAGGGAGAGAGGAAACGUGAGGCUCGACGGAGAGAGCUAACCGUGUUUUUCUACAGGAAACAAAUCAGAAAGAGAGAGAGAGAGUGAGUGAAAAUAUUGUUUUAAUCGCCGUGUUUCGUCGCGGUUUUAAAAGUGUUUCCUGAACGCGGGGGCUUCACAAUCACGCCAGUGUGGAGCCUGGUUUGUUUAGACCCGGGGAUCUGAGCUCACGGGGUUUUGUUUGCGUGUUUUUGGAGGCUCGAGACUCCGCGCAGAAUGACCGUUGACUGGCCCGAUCUGCUCAUCGUUCGCGGGCAUUAGGUUAAAGGAACGAUCGCUACCACCGUGUAACUGCCGAAGGAAACCACUUCGAGGGUCUUUGGGUGGAAAGGACGCGUACAAUGGCACAGCUGGCCGUUCGGAUGCUCGUGCUGGGGUUGUGGAUAGGAGGGCGAGCAGCCGCUGCGGGAGAGGGACAGUCCACUCCGGCCACAUGCGCUCCGCUGUGCCGCUGUGAUGAGGACGGAGGAGCGGACUGCUCUGGACGAGGACUCACCGCCGUCCCCGCCGGCCUCAGCGCUUUCACUUAUUACCUAGACCUCAGUAUGAACAACAUCACUGAGCUGCCUGCAAAUGUCUUCAGAAACCUGCCCUAUCUGGAAGAACUACGUUUAGCUGGUAAUGACCUUGCUUUUAUCCACCCUGAGGCUCUGUCUGGCCUCCAUCAGCUUAAAGUCCUGAUGCUUCAGAAUAAUCAGUUGAAGACUGUUCCCAGUGCAGCGCUCAAGAAUCUUCAUGCCCUGCAGUCUUUGCGGUUGGACGCUAACCACAUUACGUCUGUGCCUGAGGACAGUUUCGAGGGUCUCCAACAGCUCAGGCAUCUUUGGCUGGAUGACAACAGCCUGACAGAGGUUCCCGUCGGCCCCCUGAAGCACCAGAGCAACCUGCAGGCCCUGACGCUGGCUCUCAACCGGAUCGCACGGAUACCAGACAACGCCUUCGCCAACCUCUCCAGCUUGGUCGUGUUGCAUCUACACAAUAAUCGGAUCCAGGAAAUUGGGAAGAACUGCUUUAAUGGACUCGACAAUCUCGAGACAUUGGAUCUAAACUUCAACAAUCUGAAGACCUUCCCAGAGGCCAUUCAGAACCUUCCAAAGCUGAAAGAACUUGGAUUUCACAGCAAUAACAUUGCAUCCAUCCCCGAGGGAGCCUUUCGUAGGAAUCCACUGCUACGUACAAUCCAUCUAUUCGACAACCCACUCUCCUUCGUGGGAACUACUGCUUUCCAAAACCUGUCAGACCUGCACUCUUUAAUGCUGCGUGGUGCCAGUAUGAUGCAGAAUUUCCCCAGCCUGACUGGAACAGUAAAUCUAGAGAGCCUGACUUUAACAGGAACUAAAAUCAGGAGCAUACCAGCAGACCUGUGUGAGGACCUGACGGUAUUACGCACACUAGAUCUGUCCUAUAAUGAAAUCCAAGACCUGCCAUCCUUCCAGGGCUGCAUUAGAUUGCAAGACAUAAGUCUACAGCAUAACCAAAUUGAGCAGAUAGACAGAGGCACCUUUCAGGGCAUGACCAGCCUCAGAGUGCUAGACCUGAGCAGAAACCAGAUCAAGUUCAUCCACAGAGAUGCAUUUCUUUCACUCAACGCUCUCACCAACCUGGAUCUAAGUCUGAACUCCCUAGCCAGCGUUCCCACAGCAGGACUGAGUGCACUGAACCAGCUCAAACUGAGUGGAAACGUGGAACUGAGGAACGGCCUGAUGGCUAAGAGUCUGCCUAAGCUCAGGUCUAUAACGGUUCCGUAUGCCUACCAGUGUUGUGCUUUUGUAGCGUGUGACAGUGUGAUCAACCCUGCUGAGGAUGAUGAGAGGAGAAAUGCAUUCGGUGGUGAGGAAGAGAUGGAAAGGAUUCCUCUGGUUAUGCAGUGCUCACCCUCACCGGGGGCAUUUAAACCCUGUCAACACUUGUUGGGUAGCUGGAUGAUCAGAUUGACCGUAUGGUUUAUCUGCCUGGUGGCUCUGCUCUUCAACUGCCUGGUCCUCGUAGCCACCUUUUCUUCACGCACCUCCCGUCUAUCCCCAGCUCACCUUCUGGUUGCUCUCCUGGCCUCUGCGAACUUGCUUACAGGAGUUUAUGUGGCAUCGCUGACGCUCCUGGAUGCUGCCACCUGGGGGUCCUUUGCAGAAUACGGGGUCUGGUGGGAAACAGGUGCAGGAUGUCAGAUGGUGGGCUUCCUCGCUGUGUUUUCCUCAGAGUGGGCCGUGUUGCUGCUGACUUUAGCUGCCGUGGAGCGCUGCCUGGCCGUGAGGACUUUGAUGGGAAAGGCGGGGGCUUUGAGGUCCAGCGGUGAGAGGAGGGAAGGACGAAGGAGAUUCGGUAUCGCCGCGCUCCUGCUGGGAUUGGUAUCCGUUGCAGCCGCCUGCCUCAGUCUGUAUCAUGGAUCAGCUAUGGGCUCUCCCCUCUGCCUACCGUUUUCUGGAGGUCCCGGCCCAGGCUUGGGGUUCACAGUAGCGCUGGUGUUGAUGAAUACACUUGCCUACUUGCUGAGCGCUGUGGUCUAUACACGACUAUACUGCAGGCUUGGUCGGGCCCAGCUGGCUGACCCCGAGCAGGCUGGGUCUGUGCGGCAUAUAGCCUGGCUUAUCUUCACCAACUGCAUCUUCUUCUGUCCAGUGGCGGCUUUCUCGUUUGCUCCCCUGCUGGCCGGGACCAGUAAUGCGGUGGGCGGCCCAGAGAUGGCCAAAUCGGUGACACUUAUAUUCUUUCCUCUUUCUGCCUGCCUGAACCCCGUGCUGUACGUAUGCUUCAGCCCCUCCUUUCGAUACGACUGGCUUCGUCUUAGGGGUCGGGGAAGGGGGGGCGGUUGCGGCAGGCGGGUCGGUAAAGGGGUUACCAAAGGAACGGUAGGAGGGGGCUUGGCCGGAUCUGACGAUGGCGAGGGGUUGUCCGGCGAUAUGGGUUACGACUGCGGAAUGUACACAAAGCUCCACGGCGACACCGGGGGAAUGUGCGAACACUGCGAUGCCGCCCUCCACAUCAGAACAUCUUCCUCAUCUACUUCCUCCUCUUCGUCAGCCUGUAGACAUUUAGUGAAGUCUCACAGCUGCCCCGCCCUGAUGGCAAACGCACCCCAGUGCCUGAGCUCGGAGGGGUAUUGGCCUGACAGCGGGACGCUUUCCGCCCAGUCAGAAUACGGAGACGAAGGCGAUUCCUUCGUGUCGGACAGUUCGGAGCAGGUGCAGGCGUGCGGACGGGCCUGUUUCUGUCAGAGCCGCGGCCUGCCUUUAGUACACUACUCUUACAACAUGCCCCGCAUGACAGACUGAGCACCCAAGCCUCGAACGCUCACACACUCACUUGCUCACAGAGUCCUCCAGGGUGUGGAGUGUCCCUGCCUCUGAAAGGACAGAGAACGAGGAGGCGCUGUACACGUGGCUACAGAGCCAUGAAGACACAAACAGACCAGUAGCACUUUCUCUCUUUUCACAGUUGUGUGUGUGUGUGGGAAAGUGUGUUUGUGAGUAUAGAUUGAAUCCUAAAUCCAUGAAAAGGGAAUCUGACAAUACAGAAAAACGCUCUGAGCCAAAUGUUGUCAGCAAACAGCAACACUUGUUUUCGUUUUUUCUGUCCCCUUCAGCCAAAUUCGGUUGCACUGGCAUCCAAGGCUGAUUGACAGAUGAUGAUCUUAUCUCCCAGUGCCUGCCUUUUAGUUUGGUAGAGAAUAAAGUAUGUCUGUUGGUCGCUUUGGGGGCGAUAAAAAAAUGUUUCUUUUAACAUCUGUCCUUUUUAUUAUAAAGCAGGGAUAUAUGUGACAUUUAUCAAUGUUUUUAGGAAUGUUGAUUGUUAUUCCUUGUCAUGUUCAUCAUAAAUCCAGAUUAUGGCAGGGGAUCCCAUUUUAUGUAGCAAUGUUCCUCAUGCUGGAGUUCCAGUAUGCCAAUGAGAAUGUAAUCUAGAACCAUUUGUGUACACGAUGUCUUGUGUUCUCGUUUUAAUGGUUAAUGGUCGCUGUCAGAUUUGAAAAACAUUCCUUCCUUUUAUGUUUAUUUUGAAAGCGAUCGUAAAAUCAGUCCUCUCUUUCAGCUGCCAGACAGAGUAAGUCAGCCAUGCCACGCCAAUACUCUGCUAUUAGCUGUUAUGGAAAGAAAUCACCUUUAAUUUAUAUUCUUCAUUGACAAUGGAUGUUUUGACCAGAGCUCUUUCUUAAUCACAAGUAAUUUUCUACUAAUUUAUUUUUAAACACUUUGAUGAAUGAAUGGCAAAUUACACCUUUUUUCUUUUCGCUACUUUUCCUGAUCUGAAAAAACUAGAUUAUUUUUAUAUGUAUUUUGUACACUGGGUAGAGAGAAAAAUUAAGGUUUUUAUUUUCGUGGAUCAGUGAUAUAGGAUCAGCUGUCUUAAAGGAAAACACCAUUGUUUUAUUUUGCUAUGUUCUUAUCUCAACCUAGAUGAAUUAAUACAUACCUUUUUUUCAAUGCAUGCACUUUUAAUCUUUGUACAGCGCCUCAUGAAUGUGUUAGCAUUUAGAUUAUAAAAUAAAACAAAAGUUUUAUUUUGUGCCACCAUACUUAGUCAUGUAACAGUCUUUAAAUAGGGAAAACAUGGAAGUGUUUGGUGGCUUCUAAAUUCAUUCCUGUUUGGAUCCUAAGGAAUGAAUGGGGCUAGGCUAAAUGCUAACACAUUCACGAGGCGCUGUACAAAGAUUAAGUGCACGCAUUGAAAAAAGAUAGGUAUGUAUUAAUUCGUCUAAGCUGAGGUAAGAACAGUAAAAUAUUGAAAAAAAGUGAUGUUUUCCUUUAAUAAACCUGCUACUUUCUAGGUAAAAAAAAUCUGAUCGAAAUCUUAAGCUGUCCUCACGAAAAGCCAUUUUUCUCUACACUUUACACCAAACAGUAGCAUUCAUUUGAAUAAAUCAUCUGUACUCUAUGUUAAAGUGAAAAGGAGACCAAAGUGUGUCUUUGUGUUCAGUAACAUUUUAUCAUCACGAUUCCUCUUCUACACCUUGGUCCAUGUUUGUUCAAGAGUUCAGGUGAAAGGAAAUGUGUUUGAUUGCCUUUAAUACAGAAUGUCAACACUUUACUCGUGUUUGCAAAGUGGAUGCCAUAAUGCCAGUCAUACAGUAUAAGCUCUGGCAUCAACAGACAAGUUUAAAGAAGCCUUGCAGGUCAUAGCUAAUAGAACUGACAGAAUUCCAAAUCAUUAUGUGUCUAUGCAUGUGUGCGUGUAUGCGUGUGCGCUCUGUACUGUACGUGUGUGUGACUAUUAGACAUGUCUGUAUGUUGUAAAUUAUUUUUAUAGGACUAAUCUAAUCAAAAAUGGGAUGCAUUGUCUAACAGUGGAAGCUACCUCUUCAACCUUAGUGGCUGCCAGUAGUGAGUAGUACAUGUGGUCGUCUUUUCGUGUUUAUUUGUUGGUAUGAUUGCUUGCGCUGUAAAUACAUCUAGUUCUCUCUGAAUGAGUCACACAUUAGUUUAUACCGGGAGAAAAUGACAUACUGUAUACAGACAUUUUUGUAAACCAAAUAAACUGAUUCGCUUUAAAGAGA